GGCUUAGGCAAAGUUUCGGUUUCAUUUUUAGUAGUUUAUAAUUAAGUUUCUAUCCUGGACAGCCGCAAAUAUUUUAGUGUGCUUUUUAGAGAUCGAUAUCUACAUAGAUUAGAUCUAGUAGUAGAUCUAGAUCGCAGUCUUACUCAGUCUAGUAACAUAAGUGAAGUCCUACCUGCUCUGUUCCCAUUCGCAGUUCAUCUCAGGUUCCAGGUGAAGUCAUGGCCAGCAAGAGUCUAAUUAAAGUUCAGCUUGAAGAUGUGGUGGAUUUUUUUCUGCCACCACCAAAUGAACUCAUCCCAGGACAAAUAACGUUUGAAGCAGAUGUGAUGGAAGAUGAAGAAGAGGAAAAGUUACGUGAAGAGAGAGAGAAAGAAGUGGGACGUGUCUUCCGUGAUGCUGGGGAUGAGUUUUUCCACUUAUAUCCUUCAUCAAGAGAGAGCAUUGAAAGCAGGAUGAAGUCUCUCUUCAGUAACUUGGCCAGAGUAGGUCACAGUGCACAAGAGAAGGAUAAAGAGUGGGUGAAGUUUAAAGAGAUCAUCAGAAGCACCAUCUGGAAGGAAACUGGUGUGGAUGCACGUCUAGUGAUGGGGGCACUCAUGGUUUGUCUACCUGGUUUGUCUGCCCUGGAUGCUAGAGCUAGACAGUGGGCUAGAGAAUUCUCUCUAAGAUUUCUGCGUGAAGAGCUCCACGCUGACAACUUGAUUGAUCCUAGCAAUGAAGUAGAUUGAUAAAUGGUCAAGUAUAGUAAGAAUUGAAUGCCUGGUCAUCGAAGCAAGUUCUCCUCAUGCAAUAUUUAUUUUGUUUCAUUUUUUGUUCCUACCAUUAAUAUUUUUAAAUUUUUAUUUCGUUGAUGUAUAUAAUGUACACCUUCGUUACAAUAGUUGUGAUGUUAUAUAAUGUGCCAUAUACUAGGUUUUUUUGUUGUUGUUUUAUGGUUUACACUGCAAUAUGUAACUCUUUUAUUUGAUACCAGUAUUAAUUGCAUAAUUUAAAUGUUUAUAAGUAGUUUACGUUAAUUAACAUCUUUGAAUGAUUGAUUUUAACAUGAUUUUUCUCUCUCUCUCUCUGGCAGCUUGUUCAACUCAAUGCCUUACAUUCUUUUAAUUUCGUUGGAAAUUGUUAUCAGUGCAAAGAUGAUUUUUAAGAAUUUAACUAUAUCGCUGAAUCUAAGUUGAAAUGUUAAGCAACCACAUUCCCUUUGCUACAGUUGCCUUCUACUUCACAUGGGCCUUUUCCAUCUAACUCCAUUGCUUAACUCUUUCUCUCCGUAAACAUUUACCACAUUCUGGUGGAAUCAACGUUUGUAUCGUCAGUUAGGAGAGAAAGAGUUAAGGAGUUUUACACUCUUAUUUUUUAGCUAACAACUCAAGGGAAGUAGUUCACUUUAAUAUUCGUGCCAAGGGAAGUAAUUUAAAAAAAAAAAUCAUUUACUCAUUUGGUGCACCUGUGAAGAGUAUGCUGAUUUUGUUUCAGCUCUGUUUUGUAGGAGGAGUUUUUAAAGAUAACUCACUUAUUGCAUAUGUUCAGUAUCACAAUAUCGGCUGGGUUUUUUUAAUAGUAUUUUUGUGUCAUUUUGUUGAAAUCUGAUAGUUAAAGUGAAAUGAAGUAAGGUCUGUUGUCCAAACUGAGCCGAAUUGCCCAAAAGAACCUCCAUACUACAACACAGACUUUAUUGCUUGUAUAGAUAUUUAUAAAUGAAAUUGAUAUGACACUUUUAAAUAUAGUGCCAAUAUUUUUACAUUUGAUUUUAAAUUAAAAUUGUAAAAAAGUGAUUUUUUUAUAUUUUUUGUAUUAUGAAUUCCUAGUUCAUUGAUUGAAUGUCCUACAUAUGUACGUAUGUAUAAAAUAAAUUUACAAAUUUAUGUUACCAUUUUCAACAAGUUGAAUAAUAAAAAAAACACAUUUAUUUUUA